AAGAAGAAGAAGAAGAAGAAGAAGAAGAAACAGACGAAGAAGAAGAGGUUGCUAUGUAAGUGUAGUGCUUAGUAACCAAUUUCUCCAAGACACAAUCGACUCUUUUGGAUACCUAUACUUACUAAUUAAAUGUUUUAGUGUUGAAAGAACUCUUUCCUUGCAUUUGUGGAAGAAAGUAGGUUGAACUGAGCUGAACAUUUAAUGAGGCGCAUCGAAAGCUAACGUAAGGUUAGGUUAGCCUGUUAGCUUAGCAGCGAGCAUGAUUGUGUCAGCGAGGAAUGUUCAGCCUGACCAGACAAUACAAACUUACUUUUAGCCAAAUAUUCGAUGGUGGGACGACGUGCGAGGCUUGUCCAUUCUUGGUUGUAAUUGAAGCGAAUGUUUAGUAGUUGGACUUGGUCAACACAAAGAGUGAUGGAGAAGGAGCAGCACAACACUGUUGUGUUCAAUGCCUCAAAAAGAGAGUUGUUUACCACUCACAAUGGAUACAAAACCAUGCAGAAGCAACUCAGGAAUCAAUGGAAAAUUCAAAGUAUGAAGGAAGAGUUGACAUUGGACAAGAUGAAAGGCGUCAAAUUGUGGAUAACAGCUGGGCCAAGAGAGAAAUUUACAGCAUCAGAGCUGCAAGUUCUGAAGCACUACCUCGAUGUUGGAGGAAAUGUCCUUGUCAUGCUUGGGGAAGGAGGAGAAAAGAAAUUUGACACAAACAUCAACUUUCUCCUGGAAGAGUUUGGAAUUAUGGUCAAUAAUGAUUCGGUUUUUAGGACCAGGUAUUAUAAAUACUAUCAUCCAAAGGAGGCCCUUGUGUCUGAUGGUGUGUUGAACAGGGAGAUCAGCCGUGCUGCUGGAAAACCAAUGUUCGGAAUAAGUGAAGAUGAAAAUAUUGGAAAUAACACUCAGGCCCUUUCAUUUGUGUUCCCUUAUGGUGCAACAUUGAACGUAAUGAAGCCAGCUGCGGCUGUCCUUUCAACUGGCUCCAUCUGCUUCCCCCUCCACAGGCCAGUGGUGGCUUUCUAUCAUGGAAAGGAGGCAGGUAAAUUGGUGGUAGUGGGUUCUUGCCACAUGUUCAGCGAUCAGUUCAUAGAGAAGGAGGAGAACAGUAAAAUCCUGAGUGUUCUGAUCCAAUGGCUCAUGACCGAUAGCAUUCACCUGAAUCAGAUUGACGCGGAAGACCCCGAGAUCACAGAUUACACCAUGCUGCCACACAUCGGGUCUUUGUCAGAACAGCUGACACAGUACUUCCAAGAGGGAGAUGAAAACCCCAGAGACUUCACUUCUCUCCUGGAUGUUUCUUUUUUCAAUCUGUCCACCGACACUUUACCUCAGGUCAUCAGCGUGUAUAAGCAUCUCAAUGUCAAAGAUGAACCGCUUCAGCUGAUUGCGCCGCAGUUUGAGACCCCUCUGCCUCCGUUACAACCUGCAGUCUUUCCUCCAAUCUUGAGCGAUUUGUCCCCCCCAAUGCUGGAUUUGUUUGAUUUGGAUGAAUCCUUCUCUUCUGAGAAAGUGCGCUUGGCACAACUCACCAAUAAAUGUACAGAUGAUGAUCUCGAGUUUUACAUCCGGAAAUGUGGUGAAAUUUUGGGCGUGACUCCAAAGCUGGACAAAGACCAGAGGGAUGCAAAGCACAUACUGGAACACAUUUUCUUCCAAGUAGCGGAGUUCAAGAAGCUCAAUCAGGAGCACGAUGUCAACACGGAGCCACGCUUCACCCCAUCUUGACUGGACGUCCCAAUGCACCGCUAACGAGAUUUGACAUUCCAAAGUGGCACCGUCACAGUGAUCACAUGUAUUUUAUAUGAGCUUCUUAUUUUAGAUACAUUUUAAUGCAAAAUAUAUGGUUAAUAUUCAAGCAAAUAAAGUCAUUGGUACUUCCAUUCAAUUUUGAAAAGCA